ACUGCUCCACUCAGAACAGCCACUUCCGGGGAGACCCUUGGAGGAGGAUGACCAUAAAACAAGCUGUGAUUCUGGGGACCCUCACCCUGACCACCAUGAUGAGCCCCUCUGGAAGUGAAGACAUUGUGGCCGACCACGUGGGCACUUAUGGCACAAACGUGUACCAGACGUACGGCGCCUUUGGCCAGUUUACGUAUGAAUUUGAUGGAGAUGAGCUGUUCUACGUGGAUCUGGAAAAAAUGGAAACUGUGUGGCGGCUGCCCGAGUUUAGCAAUUUUACCAAGUUUGAAACUCAAAGUGCCCUGAGAAAUAUUGUUGUGGCAAAAAGAAAUUUGGACAUCUUGAUAAAAAAUUCCAACUUUACCCCUGCCACCAAUGAAAUCCCUGAAGUGGCCGUGUUUCCCAAAUCUUCUGUGACCCUGGGUAUUCCCAACACCCUCAUCUGCCUGGUGGACAACAUCUUUCCUCCUGUGAUCAACAUCACUUGGUUUUACAAUGGCCGCUCAGUUGCAGAAGGUGUUGCUGAGACCACCUUCUACCCCAAGAGUGACCACUCUUUCCUCAAGCUCAGUUAUCUCACUUUUCUUCCAUCCCCCGACGAUUUCUACGACUGCAGAGUAGAGCACUGGGGCCUGGACCAGCCGCUCCUCACGCACUGGGAGCCUGAGAUUCCAACCCCCAUGUCAGAGUUGACAGAGACUGUGGUCUGCGCCCUGGGGCUGGCCGUGGGCCUCGUGGGCAUCGUGGUGGGGACCGUCCUAAUCAUCCGAGUCCUCCGUUCGGGUGGUGCCUCUGGACGCCGAAGGACCACAUGAGUCGUGGCUUAGAAAAUGGGAAGGUAAUCAGUCGUUACCAAAAGAAGAGCAGUGGUUCAGACUCUAGUUCCCUUUCUUGGCCUUGGUAUAUGACUUAGACCUGCUCCCUGUUCCUCUUCCUCAUAUUUCCUUCCACAGCCUUCUCGCCUCCCUACUUGUGGAGAAGUUUUCCUUCAGAGAUUCCUUAUGGAUUCUUCCAACUUAGUCUUUAUUUAUCACCUACCUUUCAGAGAAAGACCUGGACAUCCCACCCAGCCACCUAGUUCUUAGUCAUUGUAAUUCAAUAUCUGUGCUAAAGAGAAAUAAAUC